CUGCGAGUCGACUCUCGGUUCACGGCGAGUCAUGACUCGUGAAUCAGAAGGUCGCGAGGUGAGAGGAUAGAGCAGCGCCAGCGGCCGCCUUUAACCCUAAACAUUCACAGCUUUUCCUCCAGAGAGACUCCGGGAGAAACAUGGAGAGGAAAAGUCCAACAGGGAAGAAGUUUCGGAGUAAACCGCAGCUGGCCCGAUAUCUGGGAAACUCCAUGGAUCUCAGCUCCUUUGAUUUCCGCACAGGGAAGAUGCUAAUGAGCAAGCUGAAUAAAAACAGGCAGCGGAUCCGCUACGAUCACAGUCAGAGCAAGGGUAAACCUGAUCUGAACACGUCACUGCCGGUCCGACAGACGGCGUCCAUCUUCAAGCAGCCUGUCACCAAGGUCACGAAUCACCCCAGCAACAAGGUCAAGACGGACCCUCAGAAAGCUGUGGACCAGCCCAGACAG